AACAAGAGCAGCGCUAACGGAAGCACGGGACGAGUUUAACUGAUUUAAACCGCCACCGUCUCCGCAGUCUUCGCGUACUGUCGGUUUGUAAAUCAUUUUAACUAAUAAAAUAUGUGAUUUACAUCCACGAGGAGUCCGAAGAUACGUUUUAAAACAUCGUUUCGCUGGCGGCUAGCGAGUGUGAGCUCUCGGUUGCCUAGCAAAUAAAAAAAAGAAAGAAACCGGAAGUGAGACCAAACCCCGCCGGAAGUGGGUCCAAAAGUGUCGUAAAAAAAGAAUGAAUGAUGGCGGAUGACGGCAGGCGAGGGGACGAGGACGAGCGCGGGCCCGGGGCCGCGCACCACGUGUACGUGGUCAUGGAGGUCCUGUUUGAGAAGCUCAACGUGCUGAACUACGAGGAGGAGGUCCUGACGAAGCACCACAUGAGAAGCCUCUCCAGACAUUACUUCGUGUCCAGUCCGUAUCUGGCGUCCAACCCGGGCGAGCAGUUCUUCAUGUUCUCCGUCAUCGCGGCGUGGCUCAUCAACGCGGCCGGGAGGCCGUUCGCCGAGCCGCAGGAGCACGACGAGCCCAACGCCACGGUGGCCAACGUCCUGGCCGAGCUCCGGGCCUUCGGCGUCAAGGUGGACUUCCCGCCCUCCAAGCUGAAGUCGGGUUCGGGCGAGCACGUCUGCUUCGUGCUGGACCGGCUGGCCGAGGAGGCUCUGAGGAGGCGGGGCUUCUCCUUCAGGAGACCAAUCUACCCAUCAGAAACCACAGAAGAAGAGUCUGUGAUGGAGGCCGACGCAGAGCUCUCGCUCAGCAGAGUGGAGGAGGAGCUGAUUGAGGAGGCUGACGAUGAGGAGGACGUGAUGGAUCUCGAGGCUCUGAAGCUGAGAACCACUCACACUGAGGCGGAGCCGUCCUCCAAACCGGACGACAUCCUGGAGUCCACGGUCGACGCGGCGGAGUGGAACCUGGAGGUGGAGAGAGUUCUGCCUCAACUGAAGGUCACCAUCAGGACCGACAACAAGGACUGGAGGGUCCACGUGGACCAGAUGCACCAGCACAGCGACGGCAUCAAGACCUCGCUCAAGGAGGCCAAGAGCUACCUGGACCGGUUGCAGGAGGACAUCGGGAAGACGCUGGAGAAGGUGAGCAGCAGAGAGAAGUACAUCAACAACCAGCUGGAGCUGCUGAUCCAGGAGCACCGCGGGGCCCAGGCCAAGCUCAGCCAGGCCAGAGAGCGCUACCAGCAGGCCAGUGGGGGUGUGACCGAGAGGACCAGAGUCCUGGCGGAGAUCAGUGAGGAGCUGGAGAGGGUGAAGCAGGAGAUGGAGGAGAAGGGCAGCAGCAUGUCUGAUGGAGCUCCCGUGGUGAGGAUCAAGCAGAGCGUGACGAAGCUGAAGCAGGAGGUGGUGCAGAUGUCUGUGCGUGUCGGCGUGGUGGAGCACACGCUGCUGCAGGCGCAGCUGAGGGAGAAGUCCCUGAUGACCCGCGACAUGCACGCCACGGGGCCCCCAGAGCCCGCCCCCGGGCCCUUCUCAUAGGCCCGCCCCCUUCUCAUAGGCCCGCCCCCGGGCCCUUCUCAUAGGCCCGCCCCCUUCUCAUAGGCCCGCCCCCGUCCCCUUCUCAUAGGUCCGCCCCCGGGCCCUUCUCAUAGGCCCAGCCCGCCUUCGGUACACCUCUCCUAGGACCCUCUCCUAGGACUCUCUACUAGGACUCUCUCCUAGGACUCUCUCCUCUUCCACCUCUCCUAGGACCCUCUCCUAGGACCCUCUCCUUGGACCUUCUCCGAGUCCACCACUCCUAGGACCCUCUCCUAGGACCCUCUCCUAGGACCCUCUCCUAGUCCACCUCUCCUAGGACCCUCUCCUAGGACCCUCUCCUAGGACCCUCUCCUUGGACCUUCUCCGAGUCCACCUCUCCUAGGACCCUCUCCUAGUCCACCUCUCCUAGGACCCUCUCCUAGGACCCUCUCCUAGGACCUUCUGUGUUCCGUUUAUUUAUGUGUUCAUGAACUUGAUGACGUCUCUUUAGUUUUAAUCGUUUAUAAUAAACUCGUUUGGCGUAA